AUGAGAAACUUCUCAUCUGUAUUGAAAUAUUUCAUCUUGAUUCGAUUGUUCAGUGCAUUUUUCAAUCCAAUCGAUGAUUGUGAUGAAGUUUACAACUUUUAUGAACCUUUGCAUAAACUAAUGUAUGAACAUGGAUUUCAAACAUGGGAAUACUCGCCGUUAUUUGCCCUACGUUCUUAUGCAUAUCUUGUUCUGCAUUGGAUACCGAUUUCUUUCGUUCCGAGUAGUUUCAAACUCAUCGCAUUUUACCUUCUUCGAGUUUGUCUGGCAUUGAUUUGUGCAGUUUGUGAAGCAUUUUUCUUUCGUGCAAUUGACAAACAACUAAAUAAUUCUAUUGCUCGUAAUUAUGCUUUAUUAUCGAUCUUUAAUGUGGCGUUAUUUCGAAGUAGCAGUGCUUUCAUAAAUAAUUCAUUUUCCAUGUAUACGGUGUUAUUUGCAUAUACAUGUUGGUUUUCAAAUGUUUUACCUUUAUCGGUGUUCUUCAUUGCUUUCGGUUCGUUAUGUGGAUGGAUAUAUGUUGCUGUACUCGGUGUACCAAUAGCAAUUGAUAUUCUAUUUCGUCGUCAACGUUAUUGGGACUUUAUUAAAUGGAGUUUUAUUUCAGGAAUGAUCACAAUAAUUCCGUCAACUUUGAUUGAUUCAUACUAUUAUGGACAAUUAGUAAUUGCUCCACUGAAUCACAUUCGUUAUAACAUUUUUUCAAAACAUGGCCCUACACUUUACGGUACGGACCCGUGGACUUAUUAUAUCGCAAAUGGUUUACUAAAUUUUAAUCUAAUUUAUCCAUUAGGAAUUCUUGGAAUUUUCCUAGCACCAUUCAUUGAUAUAUUUGUUGAUCGUCGUUAUGUUCAAUCUGGCAAAGCAUCCAUUCCACAUACAUUGAUUGUAUCUUCAAUCGUUCUUUGGAUGGGUUUAUUAUGGAUGCAACCACAUAAGGAAGAUCGAUUUGUUUUUCCAAUUUAUCCGUUGAUUAUUCUUGCAGCAUCAAUUUGUAUCGAACAAUUCGAAAAUUUUAUUCCACGUCUUGUUCGUUUGAUCAAAUUGAAGCGUGAUUAUGUUUUACUUCUUCGUUCAUUGUUCGUCUAUUCGAUUGUUAUUGUUCAUGGUUUAUUGUCAAUAUCACGAACUGUGGCGAUUAUCGAUGGAUAUUCUGCGCCUAUUCGUCUCUUGACACACUCAAAUUCAACACAAGCAUUUAAAUUAGAAGAAAAUCGACAUUUGAAUGUUUGUAUUGGAAAAGAUUGGUAUCGAUUUCCGUCACAUUAUCUCCUACCACAGAAUUCGAAACUAUCAUUUCUUCGUUCAGAAUUUCGUGGACAAUUACCAAAAGCAUAUAGUCAAGAGAAAAAUGCUACACGAUUGAGAGAAAGUCAUUUCAAUGACGCCAAUAAAGAACAAGUUGACCGAUAUAUCAAUUUGAAUGAAUGUGAUUACAUUAUUGAUCAUGAUAGUGAAAAUCCGAGUGAACUAGAACCGAAUUAUAGUAAACAAUCAGAAAUUGUUACGUCAAUGAGAAUGAUUCUGCCAUCAAAAGGAUCAAUACUGCGAUCGUUUUAUGUUCCGUUGUUGAGUGAUCGAUCGAAUCGAUACACAUUUUUACAUUUGUUGAAGUUUUCUAAACAUUUUCGUAUUUGA